CUAGAGAGAGAUUGAAGUGAACAGAAAACCCUGAACAAACAGAGUCAGUCUGAAAUGUAUUAUGGACAGAGAGGAGGGGAAUGUUCUCUUAAUGUAGAAGGGGGAAAUGUCUGAUACUGAAAAAACAGGAAAGAAAAUAUAAAGAUAGCGAAUACAGACAAAGGCAAGGAAAUAGGAUCAAGAAAAGGAAAAGUUGAAUAGGCAGAGACAAUAUUAAGAAGAGUUUAUUAAGAGGAUACUAUGGAAUUCAACAUGGAAAAUACAGACCUUCCAACUCGACCACUGCUGUUUGACUUCCACGGAGUCUCCAUGAUCCACUAUUUUACUGAUAACUGGGAGAAAGUUCAGAACUUCCAGGCCAGGCCAGAUGAUAUCCUCAUUGCCACUUAUCCUAAAGCAGGUACCACAUGGAUCUCCUACAUCCUGGACCUUCUAUAUUUUGGUCAAUCAGCUCCAGAGCGCCAGACCUCACUGCCCAUCUUUAUGAGAGUGCCUUUCCUGGAAAGUGACUUCCGUGUUCUCCCUCCAGGAACAGAGUUAGCAGACAAGUUACCCACCUCUCCUCGCCUCAUCAAGACUCACCUCCCCGUCCAGUUGGUGCCCAAGUCCUUCUGGGAGCAGAACUGCAGGGUGGUGUAUGUUGCCCGUAAUGCCAAGGACAAUCUAGUGUCUUAUUUUCACUUUGACCGUAUGAACAGGGCCCAACCUGAGCCAGGAGACUGGAACAACUUCUUACAGAGAUUCAUGGAUGGAAAGAUGGUGUUUGGACCCUGGUAUGACCAUGUGACCGGCUGGUGGGAGAAGAAACAGACUCACUCUAAAAUCCACUACAUGUUUUAUGAAGACAUGAUAGAGGAUAUGGGACGGGAGCUGGAUGGACUGUGCUCCUUCCUGGGUUUGUCUCCUUCAGUGGAGGAGAAGGAGAGAGUGAUAGAAGGAUGUCACUUUGACAACAUGAAGAAUAAUAGUAUGACCAACUACUCCAACCUUCCAGUCAUGGACUUCAAGAUCUCUCGUUUCAUGAGAAAAGGAAAGGUUGGUGAUUGGAAGAACCAUUUCACCGUUACCCAGAGUGAAAAGUUUGAUGAACACUAUCAGAAGAAGAUGAACAACCCCAACUUACUGUUUCGUACAGUAGUUUAGAGGUUGUGGUCUGGGUGAUGGAUGCCUUUAAGAAUCCCAAAAGCAGAUGCCUUUAAGAAUCCCAAAGCAGAUUGAUUAUCAAUCUCAGUACGAUCUGACCAAUGUCUGUCCAGUCUGACAGAAACAUUAAUUCUUGUUGUUUAAUUAUGACCCUGUAAUCAUAAGACCAACGUGAUUAGAGAUCUGGCUUCAGUUUGCAUUGAAUUGGGAUUAAUGGAGAUUCCCCAGAGGGAAUGUUGCUUGGACAACUACUUAUGGGCUGUCUUUUUUGUGUUUAGAGUCCAGCCCUAAAUGUACCUAUUGUGUACUUAUUUACACUUCAUUGGUUCUGCACAAAGAAGACUCACACAUUUCACACAAGCAUUACAGAUUGAAGAUUUAGCAAGAAUAAGUAUCCAACUAAAUGUUGGUAAAUAUAACUGUUUGAGGUUUAAGUGUUUGUAUUUACAGAAACAUUAAAUCCUUUUAAUGAAGCCAA